CACAAAGAACACAAUUUGCAGGACACUGGAGUUCUCUUGACAGCUUCCAUCUUGGGCCCUAAAACAGCCUUUCCCGUCUUUCUCCAACUUAAAUUGGCAAACUCUGCAUAUGUAACGUCGUAAUGGACGCUACAGUGGAUCGCGACUCUGGCGCGAGCAAUUACCAUUCCGGUCACGAACAUGGCCUGAGAACCGCAUCGGCUAUUUAACGCAAAAGUACCCCACGUGCCGCUGGGCUGCAAUAUUUGAUGUUGAAAGUCGUUCAAACGCUUCUUCUGUAUUCCAAUUGAAGCUUCAGCAACAGCAGCAUCACCAUGUGGUCUUCCAAGAUUUGCGUGGUCUUGGCCCUCGCUGCCCAGGCGUUGGCCGUCAUUCCCCAGCCUGCCUCCAUCUCGACAGGCAAGUCGGCCGUCUGGAUCAACAAGGACACUGCCAUCACCUACAAUGGCAAGGCUCUCAACUAUGCCGGCGCCACGGAUGAGUCCGACGUCACCCAGGACGGCAUCAUUGCUGGUGGUGUUCACCGCGCCAUAGACGCCAUCCUCAACAAGGGCUUGGUUCCCUGGAAGCUCGUCCCUCGCGGCGGCCUCGCCAGCUUCCAGCCCAGCACCUCGGACCGCACGUUCAUCAAGACGCUCGCCAUCACCGUGACUGGCGGUGCUCCCAGCAACAAUGCCCUCAACGCCACCACCGCCGAGGAAGCCUACAAGCUGACCAUUGGCACUGAUGGAGCUGCUACCAUCAACGCCGCUACCUCCUCGGGUGUCCUCCGCGCCCUGCAGUCGUUUGUUCAGCUCUUCUACAAGCACGAGGACGGUGUCUCUGGCUCCUACACCAAGCUUGCUCCCAUUUCCAUUGCCGAUGAGCCUAGACUCAUCUACCGUGGUGUCAACCUCGAUGUUGCUCGCUCUUGGUACGAGGUGGACGAUAUCCUUCGCACUAUUGAAGGCCUCGCCCAGAACAAGCUCAAUUCUAUGCAUCUUCACAUGACCGAUUCUCAGUCAUGGCCUUUGGAAAUCCCCGCCCUUCCUGAGCUUGCUCAAAAGGGCGCCUACGCUGCUGGCCUCACCUACAAGCCCUCUGAUAUUGAGCGUAUCCAGCAGUUUGCCCUGCGCCGUGGCAUCCGUGUCAAUGUUGAGAUUGACAUGCCCGGCCACACUACCGCCAUCUCGCUUGCCUACCCCGAGCUUGUCGCUGCUGCCAACGCCAAGCCCUGGAGCAACUACUGCGCUGAGCCUCCUUGCGGCACGCUGCAGCUCAACAACCCAAAGGUUGACAGCUUUAUUGACACUCUCUUUGGCGACCUCAUGCCCCGUCUGGCCAAGUACUCUACCAUGUUCCACACCGGUGGUGACGAGGUCAACGCCAACUCGUACACUUUGGACCCUACCACAAAGUCUUCCGACACAGCCACCAUCGCCAAGGGCAUCCAGAGACUUGUGGACCGUGCUCACGCCCAGAUCCGCAAGGCUGGCAUGAUCCCCAUGGUUUGGGAGGAAAUGGUCUUUGACUGGAACAUCAACCUGGGCAAGGACGUCAUUGUCGGCACCUGGCACGAUGGAUUCACUGCCAAGGCCGUCCAGAAGGGUUACCGUACCAUUGGCAGCUCCAGCGACUACUGGUACCUUGACUGUGGCCACGGAGGCUGGAUCAACUACAACAAUGCCAACGCCGCCAACGCGUUCCCCUUCAACGACUACUGCUCUCCCGUCAAGAACUGGCGCAAGGUCUACUACUACGACCCCUGGGCUGGUAUUCCUGCUGAUAAGCAGAGCCUUUUGUACGGCGCUGAAGUCCACCUCUGGUCUGAGCAGACCGACGGUGUCAACGUCGACGACAUGCUUUGGCCCCGUGGCAGCGCCGCCGCCGAAGUCAUGUGGUCUGGCCGUCGCGAUGCCAAGGGCCAGCUCCGUGAUCAGUUUGAUGUUGUAGGCCGUCUCGCCGAGAUUCGCGAGCGCAUGGUCCUCCACGGCUUCCGCUCCGGCCCCGUGCAGAUGCCUCACUGCACCCAGCACGACCCCUCCGAGUGUGCCUAAAUCUACAUCCACAACUACAAAAGAAUUUUUGAAUUGCGCCUCGCAUAGUAAAUAGAUCAAAAACGUUAAUACAUGCCUGUCAUAUUUUUUUGC